AUGCCAACAGGUAGAAUACCCGAAGUAGUUUUACAAGAAGUUAGAUAUCGUGAUUAUUGGGAGAAAUCUUAUACUCUAUGGGGAAAUACAGAAACGUGGGAUAGCUACUUUCAAGAAAAUGUACAAGAAGCAACAAGACUAAGUUCACAUAAUGCUUUGAGUGCUGAUUUAAAAAUUUUGAUUCGAAAACUAAAAUCUGGAACAAAAGCAAGAUGGAAAGCAUUAGCAAUGCAACAUGAUCUGAAGAAUGUCUGGUCUCUACAACGUGCUGUUAACCAAGACAUGCACUGCUGUGUGCUACACCCCUCACUGCUGGUAUUGGGGAAGAAGAGUGUCUGGUCUCUACAUCACUGCAACGUGCUGUUAACCAAGAUAUGCACCGGUAUUUGCUACACCCUCACUGCUGGUGUUGGGGAAGAAGAGUGUCUGAAAAGAAACUCCCUCUCAAAUAAUCUACCUAUUUUCGAUGAUGACAUUGAGGAUGAGGAUUCAUCUAUUGAGAAACUAACAUUCGAGCCACACAUUACUAAAUUGCCAUUACCAUAUAGAAGAGUUCUCGAAGAAAUGAUCAUAUAG